AUGUCCGACACAAAGGCCAACCCCAAGACCCAGGCCGACACGAGCUCCGGCUCAGGCACCAACAAGGGCCCGUCCACUGGCGCUGCUUCGGAGGAUACCGGCAACAAGAAGCCUAUUCUCCAGGCCACCCAGACCUGCGAUUGCAACCACACUGGUAGUUGCACUUGUGCGCCGGGGUCGUGUGCUUGCUUCAACUGCCCUAAUCCUUCUUCUUCCUCUAAGGAGUCCAAGGCUGCGCCUGAUGAGGAGUGGACUGUUCUCUAA